AUGUGUGGUAUCUUAGGUGUAGUCGUUGCUGACCAACGUAAAAACGUAGCUGCCGAAUUAUUCGAAGGUGCUAUGUUUUUACAACAUAGAGGUCAAGAUGCAGCCGGUAUAGUUACUUGUGGAUCAGGAGGACGAUUCUAUCAAUGUAAAGGAAACGGUAUGGCUCGUGAUGUUUUCACCCAAUCCAGAAUGAAUAAUCUUGUUGGAAAUAUGGGGAUUUGUCAUUUACGUUACCCUACUGCUGGUUCAAGUGCUGGAAGUGAAGCACAACCAUUUUAUGUCAAUUCACCAUAUGGGAUCACUUUGAGUCAUAAUGGUAAUUUAGUCAAUUCUAUUGAAUUAAAACAACAUUUGGAUGAAGUUGUUCAUCGUCAUAUUAAUACUGAUUCUGAUUCUGAAUUAUUGAUUAAUAUCUUUGCUGCUGAAUUGGAUAAAUUUAAUAAAUCAAGAGUUAAUAAUGCUGAUGUGUUUUCGGCUUUAACUGGAACUAUGAAUAUGAUUAGAGGGGCAUAUGCUUGUGUUGCCAUGUUAGCAGGGUAUGGUAUUAUCGGAUUCCGUGAUCCAAAUGGUAUUAGACCACUUUUAUUUGGUGAAAGAGUGAAUUCAGAUGGUAAGAAGGAUUAUAUGUUAGCUUCUGAAUCGGUUGUAUUAAAAGCUCAUGGAUUUCAUAAAUUUAGGGAUAUUCAUCCUGGUGAAGCUGUUAUUAUUAGAAAAGAUGGUCUUGAACCUGAAUUCAAACAAGUAGUUGAACCAAAGACUUUUUCACCUGAUAUUUUCGAAUAUGUUUAUUUCGCCAGACCUGAUUCUGUCCUUGAUGGUGUUUCUGUAUAUAGAUCAAGAAUUGAAAUGGGUAUUAAAUUGGCUGCAAAGAUCCAACAAACUUUGUCCAAAGAAGAAACUAUUGAUGUUAUUAUUCCUGUUCCUGACACUGCCAGAACUUCAGCAUUCCAAUGUGCAGUUAGUUUGAAUGUUCCAUAUCGUGAAGGAUUCAUUAAGAAUAGAUAUAUCGGUAGAACUUUCAUCAUGCCUGAUCAACAAGAAAGAAGAUCAUCAGUUCGUAGAAAAUUAAAUGCUAUGGAAUCAGAAUUCCAAAAUAAGAAUGUUUUAUUGGUGGAUGAUUCUAUUGUUAGAGGUACUACUUCAAAAGAAAUCGUUGCCAUGGCUAGAGAAGCCGGUGCCAAGAAAGUAUAUUUCGCAUCUUGUGCCCCACCUAUUAGAUUCAAUCAUAUAUAUGGUAUUGAUUUAGCCGAUACCAAAGCCUUAGUUGGUUUCAAUCGUGAUGAAGAUGAAAUUGCCAGUGUAAUUGGUGCUGAUAAAGUCAUAUAUCAAGACUUAGCCGAUUUAGUUGAUUGUUGUAAAUCAGCAACCAUAAAUGAUUUUGAAGUUGGUGUUUUCACUGGACAAUAUAUUACUGGGGUUGAAGAUAAUUAUUUACAAGAAUUGGAAAAGAUUAGAGCUCAAAAUCAAAGAAUAAAAGAUCAAAGAAGUAGAGGAUUGAGUAUUGAUGCAUGUAUUGAUCAAGAUGAUCUUAUUGAUGUCAAGGCAGAAGUUGAUAUUAGUAUGUAUAACAGAGGUGAUUACAAUGAUUGA